AUGUGACCUCGUUUGACAGCUCGUAUGUAAAUAAAAACUCGUGUGCUGUGCUGUAAAUUUUAGCUUUCUGAAAUUCUGAGCUGUAGUUACAAAUUUAAAUUUCAAAGCUUGCGUGAUUCCUUGCCAACGGAAGACCACGGAUAGAUUGUCACAAGGCUUUGAAUGCAAUCUCCCAAAAUGUUCUCUCGUGUUAGUUUUUAUCCAACUUUGAUGUACAACAUUUUUAUGGAGAAAGUGUCCUCCAGAAGAUGGUAUGACAGAAUUGACGAGACCGUAAUACUGGGUGCUCUACCAUUUAAGAGUGUUACCAAAGACCUCAUCACCAAAGAGAAUGUUAAAGGAGUGGUAUCAAUGAAUGAAGAUUAUGAGCUGCUCUUUUGCAACACAGCAGAGGAAUACAAGAAAAAUGGAAUUGAGUUUUUGCAAUUACCAACGAUUGACAUAUUUGCAGCCCCUUGUCAAGACAAAUUGGCGAAAGGUGUGAAGUUCAUUGAUUCUAUCAAAGAAACCAAGAAUGGGAGCGUUUAUGUUCAUUGUAAAGCAGGACGAACUCGAAGCGCAACUUUAGUCGGUUGUUAUCUUAUUAAGAAGAAUAACUGGAAUCCUCAACAAGCAGUGGACUUCAUGAAAAGCAAACGAUCACAUAUCUUACUUGGACCUAAGCAAUGGCAAGCUAUGGAUAUCUUCUACAGCAGUAUACAUUCCAGUUGAGACGUGAAAAUUUCAGUCAAAAUUUAAAGAGUGCACCUAUCUAAUUCUACAGACUCAAGAGAGUUUUUUGGUUUGUGCUUUUUAAAAAAGAAGCUCUCUUUUCUGACAACCCCAAAUACUCAUGAAAAAAAAUCCGACAAAUCAACCUUUGGUGGUGACUGAGCUGCUCAUACAUUGUUCCACCCAAAUCCAAUUUAAAACUGUAAAAUGGCUUUCCUAACAUCCACAUAUCAUGUUGUCGCAUGACCAGAGGUAAAUAAUCUUUAUACUAUGACAUUGAUACGUUUUCAGGUAUUUGAUUGACAAAGACCCUUAUAUUGUCCUAAUUUUUCACUAAGUAAUUAAUUUUCAUUACUGAAGGAUUUUUGAUUGAUCUUACAGUUGAUUUAGGAGAUCAGGAUUUCAAAACUCAUUUUAAACGUCUCUCUUCCACAAUUUAUCUCAAUUUUAUUCAUCACUCUCUUUUUUUGGCCAUUUUUAAGUUUUUACAUUAUAUUUCUGUUGUUAUCUCUGUAUGAACUUAACUCGAACUGAUUUUUAUAACCUGAUUCCAAAUUGCUUGUGAAAAUAUUGAACUUCUUGUUGUUUACACGUUGUCCAUUUUCUGUAAAACCUUUCACAUUUUGUCAUUUUUUGUAACUCUCUUGAAAAUUCCUGUACUCUAAUCAAUAUGAUGAAGUAAGAGUACCUUUUGUAAUCCAUGAAUCAUGAAAUUUUAACUCAAUUUGUAAAGAGUCUGAUAUUACUAUAAAUUAUACUAGUAAUUUUAGAUUUUUGUUGUGAUAAAAUUACAUUUUUAAAUUUUGAAGGGAAAGGGUUGUUUGCAACUUUUCUAAAUAUAUUCCAUUGAGGAGUCUCACACUUUUCAUGUAUAGGUAACUUCUGUUUUGUAGUCAAAAUAAUGCUUUCUCCAAAUUUGAAGGUUAACUGCUGUAAGAUUAAUGUUUAUAAACCAAUCUGAAAAACACUCUUACCUACUGACCUAAUUUCCCAUCGCAAUAGUAAAAAAAUAUCAUGUCCUUACCUAUUAAUACAAUUGACUUUUUUCUAUACUUUGCCUACACAUCUAAAACUUUUCUAAGUGCCUUCCAUUUUGAGGAAUGUAUAAUGAUCAGAAUGUUGUUUGAAGUAUUAUGUACAUACUGGCUUUAUACAGUCAACUCACAGUUAAGAGUUUUGUAAAACAUUGUGCCAAAGAAUCAAUGUGUUGUUACAUAUUUUAUUCUAAUUAAUAAGGUAUUAUAAGUAAUUUAUUCAUUUUAGGUAGGUUUGGUAAGACUGAUGAAUUCUAGAUUUACUCUCAGUGUUUUGACUGCUGAGGGUUCCAUGUGCUUAAAAAUCGAGCUUUGGCGCUUAGAAAAAUUGAUGCACUGUGUCAAUUUUUUUUAACUGACAAUGGUGAUUGUGAUGCAGCAGCGGCAAUCUCAACGUACUGUGCGCUGCGCAGCUUAAGAAUUAGGAGACCAAAAAACAGGACAGAGAGCCAAAGUGAAACAGCAUAGCGUAUGUAAAAAGUUAAUUUGGCCCCUAAAAAAUUUAAGAUGGCUCCUGGCAAAAAACUGAUCACUCUACAGUAAUUCAAACAGUAACACACUCUUUACUCUGAGUAUCUUUGGUGAGGUACUCUUUUGAUAAAGUCAUAGGUGCAUUUCAUAAAAGAUGAAGUAAGUAUCUUGCUAGAGCAUAUAAGACUUUUUUAAUGUUAAAGGUGAUUUGUCAGAGGAAUAAAUGGCACUGCAUAGUAGUUCAUGACGGUACGUUAGUCUCUAUCAAAACCGUCGGAGAAGAAAGACAGUCUUCGUGCUCCAGUUUUUCCCUCCUCUCACAUGUUUUUUUUUAUAUAUAUAUUUUUUUCAAUUAGGAAAAUUAUAAAAAUAAAAUUAAAAGUAAUGAAAAUAAUUGAAUUUCUGACCAUUAAGCUACAGUGUGGCAUAUCAUGGCAGCAUGAUGGUCAGAAAUUCAAUUCUUUUCAUUACUUUUAAUUUUAUAUUUGCUGCUUCUCCAAGCAUGUUUAAAUAAAGAAAAUUAUAGGAUAUAUUUUAUAUUCUAAUGAAAGCUUUUAGAAUAAGUUCUUAAAAAUAUUACAUUAAAUAAUGUAUAAAAAACACAGGAAACUAGGAGUGUUUUCUCAUGAAAAGUAUUAUGAGGGGGGAAAUCAAGACACUAUGACCAACUUUCACCCUGAGAUUCCCUUGUAAAGCGCAGAUGGCUUUCUUUUACUUUCAGGUGCACAACUUGUCUUAUAAUUUAAAUGAUUGUUAAAUUGCUAUUUUAAAUAAAAUUUCAUAGCAUGCAAAUUUUCAACGGACUUGUAGAGCACCUAAAUUUUGAUGAUGAAAGUCACAAAUCUAGCGCUUUGAUUGCAAUGUUUCAAAAUCUCUGUUGUUGUUCUGUUUUUGCAAAGAAAAAACCAAUAAGUUGCACUAUUUCAAAUCCAUGCAAAUUAUUUUUUAGCGAACAAUUUCAAAAAAAAAAAAAGUAAAUCUUUCAAGGAAUAAUGUUGUUGGCGCUCUGUUGAAAAAGUAAAAUGUGGCAAGAAAUCUGCAAUACCACAAAUUGAGGUACGAGGUUUGCAACUUUUCCAAUCGAUUACCAUCAAUUUACCUAGCAAAGUUUUAAAAAUAGUCCGUGAUAUCCAGGAUAUGCAUGUUUAACAUUCAAUUUUCAUUUUUAUUAUUAAUUUUGUUCAAAGUUCUAAAUUUUAAUUUUUUGAAAAAUUUGAGAAAUAGAAUUUUAUUUACCUUGAA